AGUCGCUUGUCCCUCGGCGGCUGCCGUGCCUCCCUUUACGUGGCAGCUGCGGGAGCCCGCCAAUCCACUGCGCCCGCAUCAGCCCCCACUGGUGGCGCAGGCGGAAGGGGCGGAGCCUAGGCGGCGGCGGCCGAGAAGGCAGCGGGGCGGCGGCGGCGGCGGCGGCGGCGGCUGUGGAGGCCGCAGUCCGGGUCCUGGCUUCGGCCUCAGCCCCACCAUGGUGACGCUUGCUGAACUGCUGGUGCUCCUGGCCGCUCUCCUGGCUACGGUCUCGGGCUAUUUCGUUAGCAUCGACGCGCAUGCUGAAGAGUGCUUCUUUGAGCGGGUCACCUCGGGCACCAAGAUGGGCCUCAUCUUCGAGGUGGCGGAGGGCGGCUUCCUGGACAUCGACGUGGAGAUUACAGGACCAGAUAACAAAGGAAUUUACAAAGGAGACAGAGAAUCCAGUGGGAAAUACACAUUUGCUGCUCACAUGGAUGGAACAUACAAAUUUUGUUUUAGUAACCGGAUGUCCACCAUGACUCCAAAAAUAGUGAUGUUCACCAUUGAUAUUGGGGAGGCUCCGAAAGGACAAGAUAUGGAAACAGAAGCUCACCAGAACAAGCUAGAAGAAAUGAUCAAUGAGCUAGCAGUGGCGAUGACAGCUGUAAAGCACGAACAGGAAUACAUGGAAGUCCGGGAGAGAAUACACAGAGCCAUCAACGACAACACAAACAGCAGAGUGGUCCUUUGGUCCUUCUUUGAAGCUCUUGUUCUAGUUGCCAUGACAUUGGGACAGAUCUACUACCUGAAGAGAUUUUUUGAAGUCCGGAGGGUUGUUUAAAAAGCCUCUUCCUGAUGAUCCCAACUCAGAAUUCACUGUUUACCAAACACCUUGGUCAUAAUAAUGUCAUUAGUUUCUCCAUUUUUAUUUUCUGAACUGUACAUUCACAACUUAUGUUUCUUUGUGAUUAAUAGAUAUUGGGGGAAAAAACGCCUUUUUAGGAAAAUUAUAGUGAAAAUCUGACAGUUGAUUGGCAUAAUUUCUUGUUUGAAUGCUGCCUCCAUUAUAUAGGUCCUUCCAGGAACUCAAACACUGUAAGUGAAAUAUGGGAGUAUAGUUUUUAUUAUUUCUUCUUUUCCUUUUGUUUUCAUAAUAUAAUGCAGUUUGUUCAGGAAAUCAGCACAAAGCCUGAUAGUACUUUACUAAAAUGACUGCAUUCUUUGGAUUCCUUCAGUCUAUGGUUCAGGUCACUAAAGAUUCAUUUUUGUUGAGUCCUUAUGAGAAACAGCAGUAUGAAUCUUGACGGUUUCUGCCCGUCCUAAUGGCAGAGCUCUCUGACUUGGGUGUAUGCUGCCAGGCUGGGUACUUUCAUACUUUGUUUUCUUGUUUUGCUUUAAAACUACGACUCGGCAUACAUUUUCCCACAUACAUUUUUACAUUGUACCUUAGGACUCAGUCAUCUCCACUUAAAUUGAUGACACAAGCAGCUAAUAACCAUUUUUGGGUUUCUGCCUAACCCCCUAAUUGUCUGUUAAAGCCAGUUCUCUGGGUGUCCCAGUGAGUGGUGGCUUUUUUUCUUUCCACAUUGGCACAUUCACUUCUCCCACUCUUGGCAUGUAAGAAAUAAGCAUUUACAUAAUUGGAAAAAUCCGGAUUUCUGAUGCCAAAGGGUUAAAGCUUCUUGGAUUUCAUUUCAUUGAUAUACAGCCACUAUUUUAUUUUUGAUCAGUGGCCUUUGGGCCACUGUUUAGGGUACUGACCAUCAGUGUCAGCAUUAGGGUUUUGGUUUUUGUUUCUUUUGGGUCUUUCUUUUUUGGCACAUGUGAAUCUUGUUUUGUGUAAAAUGAAAUUACUUUCUCUUGUUCUCUGAUGAUGGGUUUAAAAUUAAAAGAGCAUCUGGUUUUGGUAUGGGGAUGAUCCAGGAUUAUGUUGUGACUGAUACAUAUUAGUUACUUGUACUUUUUUUUUUUUUUGGAUCUUUGCAAGGGCAAAACUACAAGUAACGAGUUUUAUAUAAUUAAUUUAAAUUUGUUACAGGUUUUCAUGUUCAGGAUAAACCAUACUUCCACCUUGGGUGAGAACACUUGCAACAGUUUAUUAAUGAGGUGACUUUCACCUUAGGACAACUGUUGCAUGCCAAGUUUUUUUUGUGUGUGAAACACUUCAAAACUGAUUUAAAAGAUGUAAAUUUAAAAUUGGUUGUAUCUAAUAUGCCCCAGGUUCGGUAAAUAAACAAUUCUUUUUAAAAA